GGCGCCAAAGCUUGACAACAAAGCUGCUGCAACGGACAGCAACGUCAAACAAAAUCUCGGCUGUGUGUUUACAUUUCAUUUUUAUUUUUACAACUAAAUUAUGCGUUGAAUAAACGUGGUGAAAGGAGUUUCCUUUUUAGAAAAUAAUUAGUUGAGACAUUUCCAGUCAGAUGUCAUCAUGGCUUCGAAGACGGACCAACUUCUCAUCGUUGUGUCCAUCCUGGAAGGUCGUCACUUCCCCAAGAGUCCCCAGCUGAGUCUGGUGGUUCAGGCAAGCUUUGACGGUGAGCAGCUGGCCACAGACCCAGUACAGCACAGAGAUCAGCCACAGUUCAACACCGAGCUGGCCUGGGAGCUCGACCGCAGGACGCUGCACCAGCACAGACUGCAGAGAACUCCCAUCAAGCUUCAGUGUUUUGCUGUUGACUCUGUGAGUAAGAGGAAAGAGAAUGUUGGUUAUAUCGUCCUGGACCUUCGAUCUGUACAAGAAGUCAAACAGGAGCCUCGAUGGUAUCCGCUGUUGAGCAGUAAAUACACCAAACAGAGACCAGCACUCCUCCUGAGCAUGGGGCUGGAGAAUGACACCAAACCCUCUGAACCCUCUCCCGAUAGGUUCAAAGCCAGAAAGGCCCCACCACGACAAGGUUCUCCUGCAGUGACUGACCUGCUCCCAGACAACCUGGAGGCCGUACUGAUCUCAGAAAAGGGUUACCAUCAAGUCGGACCCGCCGAUCACUGCUGUGACAUGUUCGUCCUGUCCGUCACUGUGGCCUUUGCUACCAAACUAGAACAGUUGAUCCCCAGCACUAUGAAACUGUCAGCGGAGGGAUCAGAGUUCUUCUUCUACUACUCUUUGCUGGGUAACGACAUCACCAGCGAGCCUUUCCACAAUCUGCUGAGCCCCGACUUUGAGCCAGAGCGCGCCUCUGUCCGCAUCCGCAGCAGCAAACAGAUCCUCCAGACCUUCCUGUCUCAGUCGCCAAGUUUACAGAUUCACCUGUGUUGUGGGAAUCACUCUCUGGGAAGCACAGAUGUUUCUCUCGCAGCUCUGUCAGCUGUUUCUAUGGAUCUGGAGAACAAGGCAGCAACAGUGGAGGGAGCAUUUGUACUGCAACCUCCUAAACGCAACAAACAGACGCUGCCGGCUCUGCCCGCCGACCUACAGCCGACUGUAGGAGUGGCUGUUACCCUGAGGAAAGAGGAGUCUUUAGGUACUAAAGAAGGAUAUGGAGCUCAGGCACAAUUCUACCCUCCUCUUCCUACCCCUCCCUCUAUUCCUCCGGUUGAACAGAGACCUCGAAGCUCCUCUCCAGUCCGAAAGCCUCCUGACUCUUCUCCUCCUGGGCCUCCUCUUCCUCCUCCCUCCUCUCAUACAGAGAGCGAAGCAGAGAGUCUGCUGGAGGAGCUUCAACGUGGUACAGAGCAGGCAGGACUGGCAGCAGCAGAUUUGGAGGUUCCUGUGCAGCAGCCAGGUCUAACUGAAGCUACAGUAGAGGGUGGAGCGUCAUCUGUCAGUGUCUCCGCUCCCAAAGUGUCCAUCCCCUCCUCUGCCCAUCACUUUUGCUUCUCUCUGGACCUCCGCAGCCUGGGAGGCCUCAGGCUGACACACUCCAUUGCUGCUACACUUAGGUAUGCGUAUCAGUUCUUUGGCAGUCCAGCUCCCAUCAUGACCAACCCUCCAGUGGAGCUGCAGAGGAACAUGGAGGUGUCUCUGCCUCAGUCUUACUGCGCCUUCGACUUUGCUGCUCUGCCACAACAACUACAGGACACCUUCUCUAGAGUUCCUCUGGUGGUGGAGAUUUGGCACAGAGACUCCACCAGCAAAGACCAGCUGGUAGGACGAGCCUCCAUCCAGCUGUCUCAUCUGCUAAGUGCCGAAAGAAGCAGAUUAGUGGCAUCAACAGGGGAGCAGAGCUGGAGACAGACUCACCAGGACCGGAUCUCUGUGGUCAGAACACACCGCCCGAGCGAAAAGGUGGCAGAGUUGAGCUAUGUGGCAACACUGGAGGACCUGGGACUGGUUAAAGCUAGAGAAGUCAUUGUCUCUGACUCUUCACAGAACGAACCUGUCGUCCCUGCACCGCUGCCCUCCCACCCUGCAGCACACAGACCUGCUGCACCAAGCCUGAACCCCACCCCGCUGGGCCCCACGGCUCCAACCGCCCCCAGAGAGACCUUGGAGUAUCGCACGGCCCUGGAGCUGGAGAUGUGGAAGGAGGAGCAGGAGGAUCUGUUUGAUGAUCAGUUGAGGAAGAAGGAGCUGAGCCACAUGCAGGCUCUUGCAGAGGAGUGGAAGAAGAGAGAUCGAGAGAGAGAAGCUCUUGUCAAGAAGAAGGAGGUGGAGUAUAACGUGUUGGAGGAGCAGCUCCAGAAGACUUUGUCUGCUCUGGAGAAAAGAGAGAAACAGCUGGCUGAGGCCGAGCUAGAGACUCAAAGACUGCAGAGAGAGCUGCGAGCAGAGCACGAUCUGACCCAGAAGGAGCUGCGGACAGAACAUGAUCUGACCCAGAGGGAGCUGCAGGAGAGCAGCAGGAGGCUGCAGCAGGAGUGUGACCACCGGGUGGCGCUUGAGAGAGACAAAGUCCGACUGAUGGAAGAGGAGAGAGCCCGGCUGCUGCAGCAGAUUGUGGAUGGGGAGUCUCGGUACAAGCAGUUAGAGAAAGAGUUCCAGCUCUACAGAGAACAACAGAACAUCAGACCUGAGUUCAGACUGCAGUCAGAGAUCAACCUACUAACUCUAGAGAAGGUGGAGCUGGAGAGGAAGCUGGAGUCCACCACCAAGUCCAAGCUGCACUACAAGCAGCAGUGGGGGCGCACCUUAAAAGAGCUGGCCAGGUUCAAACAGCGGGAGCAGGAAAAUGCCAUGACGCGUCUGAAGAAGCAGCAGGCGGAGCUUGAGGCCAUGCGGCUGCGUUACCUAGCAACAGAGCAGAAGGAGAUGGUCCAGCAGGACAGACAGGAGCUGGACGACAUCAGGAACGAGCUCAACAGAUUAAAACAACAGGAGGAGGACAGGUUAGGCCCCACCCCGUCUCUCAGUGGCCCCGCCCCCCCUCACAGCGUGAAUGAGAGCGCUGACGAACAUCUGGCCCGUCUGUUAGAAGAGAGAGACACUCUGCUGAGGACUGGAGUUUACACCCACGACGACCGAAUCAUCGCUGAGCUCAACAGACAGAUACAGGACGCCAUGAGGGACAGAGGGAAUCUCUGACAGCUGCUGGAACCGACCAAUCAGAGACAGUCAUACCUGAGACUGUGGGUAAACCAGCUGCACUCAGCAGACCUGUGAAGUGGUUAACAGGUUUGUUUCAGAUUAUCGUUCAUCCACUCAGGCUGCAUUUACACAAAAAUGCCCAGUGCCAAGUUUUUAUACAAGUUUGCAUCUUCAGUGAAAAGUCACAUCUGCACAAUUUUCAGAUUUUACACAUGAACGUGGCUUAAAACAUGUAACUUUAACUCAUGUUAGCUAAAUGUAAGCAUGGACAGCACCAUAUUCACCAGACAAGUCAUUGCCUUAAAUUCAAGACACAAUAAGUUCUCAAAUGACUUCAGGUGGCCUGACACACAGGCCAUGUCUGAGUAUGAAAUGCAGCCCCUGAGACUUUGUGUUUUAUCAGCUCCGGUGAGUUUCUGUGAAUGCUUAAUGGAAUACUUCAAUCAGUCUGAUGUCUGUGUUGGGUACAUAGCUGAAGUCAGGUUAGCGUAGCUUAGCACAAGACCAGAAUCGUGGUUGAGCUUUAGAGGUGUUGGUAGGUGUGUUUUUCAUCAUUUUCCCUCUGCUUAAAGUCCAGUCCAGAGAACUGGGGACAGAACUGUACAGAUCUAAAUGUUUAAAACUUUUCCAGUGUUAGAGUUCUGACUGCUGUUUGUUUAUAGAUUUCUAUAUUUAUGUUUGAAUGCUGAAGUAGUUUUUCGGAUGCCAUUUUGUUUCUUCUCCUCUCUUCGCUCAGCAAAUCAGAUGCUCAUGUGUUUUGUAUUAGUGUUGUUUUACGUUUGUGUUCCGUCAUAUGUUAAUAACCCUCCGCCAACCUUUUUAACAACAACAUAAAUAUUUUUAAUACAAGACUCACAUGCGACAUGUUUGUUUGAAGUGUCAGGUGGUUGCAUUCGGUCCUCCUGUCCUGUACUGUUCACCCUGAAAUGAAUCUUUUUUAUUGUGACUCCAACUUCAGACUGUGAAACACUUUUGUACAAACCUAAAAAAGUUUGUUGCAAAAUUCACCCAGUAGGAAGAGGAGCAAUAAUUUCAGCACACAUGAACAUGUCAGUUUUGUAUUUAGGUGGAAUGGAAAAUGUGAACCUUUCCUUUAAAGGAUCAUACCACACUUUUUUGCAUGUCAGAACCUUAAAGCUGCAAACUGCUGGAUAUUUUUAUGAUUACCAAACACUUUUUACCAUGACCUUUAAGAUUUUCUGUUUUUCAGGCAGAAGACAACUUCAGUUAAUUUUGUGUGAGCACUCUCACCGGAGCUAAAGAAUUAGUCAAUUUAUUAAUUUGACGAUUGUGAGAACAUUAAUCAACGAUUGGUCGAAGCUUCUCCAAUGUAAAUGUUUCUCUGGUUUCUUUAACUUCUAUAACAAAUAACUGAAGAAUUUAAGUUUUUGGGCUAAAGUCAGACAAAACAGUCUUACUGACAUUUUAGAAGCCAAAUGAUUAAUAAAGAAAGUAAUUGGCAGAUGAACCCACAUUUGAAUUAGUUUUCCAGGCAGCAGAAAACAAAUAACUUUCACAAACAAGUCUAAAAUAGACUAAAUAUUGACAGAAUUAUCUGAAUUAUUAGCUGAAUUAUCUCUUAUGAGGAAGAAAAGAAAUGACAAUAGUGGUAAUUAAACUGAUAUUUUAUUUAAUUUUUAAAAUUACCCAAAUCAAUUUAAAAUCAUUACAUGAUCAAGAGAUAAUUAGCAGUUAAAAAAUUGCAAAACCAGCGGUCUUUUCCUCUUUAUAUGAUUGAGCAUUAAAGGAUUUCAGUUUGAAGCAUUACUGAACCUGGAGUGACAGAACAGGAAAUCAAAUGUCUCCAGUCUUGGUGUGUUCAUGUGUACAGUCUGUGGUGUAUUUUUAUUCUGAUGAGAGGUUUUCAUCUGACAGCAGGUGGCGCUGCAGCCUCAGAAAAACUCCUUUGACCUGUUACAUUAAUUUAUUUUAUUUCACCAGAGUCGAAUCUGAUUUAUGUGUUUGUCUGCAAUAAAUUAUUUUAAGAUAAAAUCUGUUGUGUAAAUGUGUGUUUUGACUUUUUAAUAAAUAAUUUUUAGUUUUAUGAUGUAUUUCUGCUUUAUUGAGGUGAUUAAAGAGCAGAGAGCCACUGGAGAGAUGUUGACACCGACUAACAAAUAAAGAUCAGUUAUUUUCUAA